GCCUAAGGUUCUAAGACGUCGAAAGACGCCUUAUGUUUGGGGUGACAAAUUGAAUCCUGCUUUUGACGACGAUGAUGAAGGAUGGCAAGACAUUAAUGGCUCAAGCAGCGACAAUAACAGCAAAGAUAAGAUUGAUGAAAGCUGUGGGAAUAUGG